UUUCACGAUAAUAGUACAGGAAUCUGCAUCAUAGAAUUUUCGUCUUAUUAUUAUUAUUUUUUUAAUCCGAGCUCGAGCUCUGAGUUUUCUCAAUUUAGGGUAAUCAAAGGAAUGAUUGAAGUAUUAAAACUGUUUUGACUACGUAUGAUGGGAUGCGGAGGUAGCAAAUAUAAUUCUCCGGAAUCUGUUGCAAGGAAAUCGAUUCCUUCUGAAGAUUUACAAAAAUCUGAAGAAGAGAUUCUAGAAAUUAGGAAUAGAACAAACAUGAAGCCCAAGGUUGAAAUUACUAUAGAAACUCUCCAGAAAUAUCUCGAUUUAGAAAAAGAACUUAAUAAAUAUGAAAAGAAACACGUUCUAGAAGCUUACCAAAUUAAAUCUGAUCAUUUGGAACAAUUAGAAAUGAAAAUCCAACAAUUGGAAGAGAAAGAAAGAGAAAACGACGAAAAGAUAUCACAAUCGCAAUCAUUGUUGGACGAGAACACUCGGAAAUCAUUAAAACAAUUUUUAAUCGAUAAAAAUCCAACCGCAGAGAAUUUAACUGCCGAACAGAGGAUAUUAAUUGAAGAUUUGAAUAAUCAGGAAAUGAUAAAAAGAGAGUUGGAGACAACUGUUCAGCAAAGGGAUAAACUAAAAGAAGAAGUAAUAAAAUUAGGAAAAGAAGGUGAAGAAUAUCAAAUUCUAUCGCAAAAGCAAGACGAAUUUCUCGAUAGUAUUUUUGGAGGUUCAUAUGGAAGUGAUUUAGAAAACAGAUUGGAAAAAGAAGUAGAUUUAUUGAAGGAAAGAAAACAGCACAUCGAUCAAGCGUAUUUUAAAUGGAAACAAGGUCAUGUUAUGGUGAAACAAGGCUGUGCUCAAUUGGGAUACGCAUUGAAAAAAUGGAAAGAUUUAUUAGAUAUAGACUUAAGCGAUCACGAACGGAGAUAUUAUGAAGCCGCGGAAGUUAGAAAUUAUUUGUUAGCUGCUACUCAGAAUAUACAGGGAGCACAAAGAUGCUUACCAAAUGUUAGUUUUCCGUAUUGUGCUCCCGAAGAAUUGGAAAAUUUAAAUAAGGCAAUUACGUACAUUUUCACUGACAUGCAAAUACCAGAAAGACAUAAACACGCGUUUGAUUUCUACAAUAGAACGUAUAGAAGAGCUGGAGCAUUAAAGCAGUGGUUCGAACAGGUAUUGGAUACUACAAUAUCUAAAGACUUAGCGGAAGUAAGUGAAGAUUGCAAAAACAAAUCCGUCCAGUUACGAAGAGAAAGGAUUAAUUUAAUCAGAAUGAAAGUUAAAGAAAUAACGGGAAAAGAUGUGGAAUUUGACACAGAUAGUGCCAUAGAUAGUGAAGCCGACGAUGUUGUUGCCGACGAACAGAUUGCUCAGAUUUUUGAAGCUGAUCGCAUAGGUGCAAAGAAAGGAUUUUUAAUGACGGAUCCUCGUUUAUCUACGUUACCUACUCCUUUACCGAUAUCAGAUUUGGCUCCUAUGCCUAGUAACGAGGAAAUUUUUGGAAAAAUUGACGAAUUGAGAAAGCGUCAUGCUGCAGAAAUGGAAGAAUUCAAGAAAGCUCAAACGUUAAAUAAAGCUAGAAUGGUUCAAGGAUUACAAGAAAAAUUAGAAAUGAGAAGGAAUAGAAGAAGUCGAAUAUUAAUGCAUGAAAGAGAAUCAGCAGCCUUGCAAUCUCGUUGAUAGAUUUAAAAAAAAAUACAGUAUAUAAUUAAGUUUUAAUAAUUACAUUUCAGGAAAAUUAAUCAUUUUGAUUAUCACGAAUUUUAUUCAAAAUAAUUAAUUUUUGAGAACAGAAAUAACGAGAAGCAAAGUUUAUAGGUAAAUUGUUUUUAAAUCACAAUUCGUUUAUCAAA